GCUGUAGUGUAAACAGAUGGACGAGCAGUUACAAGGGUCACUUUUACGCUGUACGAUUUUGUGACAUCACAUCAGUGCCAACUUCGGUCAAGUUUACCACAUCUUUGUGGUGACCGUUGUCAAUUUUCUCCAUUCAUGAAGAAAUUCCGAUCAUCAAGAUGAAGAGUACAUUUACCACAGUAGAUAUACUGGCCAUUGUGUCAGAGCUCAGGAAAAGUAUUAUGGGACUGCGAGUUAUACAGGUGUAUGAUAUAGAUUCCAAGACAUAUCUGAUGAAGUUACAAAAACCUGACCAUAAGAGUGUGUUACUGCUUGAGUCUGGUUCACGUAUUCACACCACAGAGUAUGAGUGGCCAAAGAGCCCUGCUCCCUCAGGAUUUGCAAUGAAGUUGAGGAAACAUCUGCGGAACAAACGUCUUGAAAACAUCCAGCAACUUGGUGUGGACAGAAUCAUUGAUUUAACUUUUGGCUCUGGAGAAGCUGAGCACCAUGUUAUUUUGGAAUUAUAUGAUCGUGGAAACAUUGUGUUAACCAAUAACUUGUACAAUAUUUUGAAUAUACUCCGUCCAAGAAAAGAAGGCGAAGAUGUAAGAUAUGCAGUCCAUGAGACUUAUCCUGUAGACAGGUCCAGAAAAGCCAAAACAGUGCCUUCCAUCCAAGAUCUCAAGGAAGCUUUGUCUUUGGCCAAAGAGAAUACACCUUUAAAGAAAAUUUUGAACCCUCUUCUUGAUUGUGGAGGUGGUGUACUAGAUCACAAUUUACUUGAAUCUGGGUUCCCAGUAGGUGCUAAAUUUGGAAAACACCUUAAGGCAGAUGAUGAUCUUAGCCAGUUGCAUCUUGCAGUGUCAAAAGCACAAAGUACAGUUACUCAGUGGGAUGCCAGUGCUGGGUUUCAGGGUUAUAUUAUAAAGAAAGUUGAGGAAAGGAAGAAGGGAGAUGGCACCACUGAGGAAGUUCAUAUUUAUCAAGAGUUUAUUCCUUUGCUCUUUACACAACAUAAAGAACAUCCACAUGAAAAAUUUGAUAGCUUCAACAAAGCUUGUGAUGAGUUCUUCUCAAAGAUGGAAGCAGUCAAAAUUGACCAGAAAGCUAUGCAUCAAGAAAGGGAAGCUCUAAAAAAACUUGAGAAUGUCAAGAAAGAUCAUGAAAGACGAUUGCAGGAACUGAUGGAUAACCAGAAGAAUAAUACCCUACAAGGCCAGUUGAUUGAAUUGAACAAAGAUCUUGUUGAUGGGGCUAUUUUGGUUGUGAGAAGUGCUGUAGCAAAUCAGAUUGAUUGGCGUCAAAUUGAGGAGCUGCUGGCAGAAGCGCAAGCUCAGGGUGAUCCAGUAGCUCAGUCCAUUAAACAGCUGAAGUUGAAAACUAACACCAUUGUUCUUUCUUUAGGGGAUCCAUUUGAUCGCGAAGAAGAUGAUAUGUUCUUGGACUCUGAUGAAGAACGUGAAGAGGGAUGUGAAUCUACCAAAAUGAGACCAAUGGCAGUUGAAAUUGACCUUGAUCUCUCUGCUAUGGCCAAUGCUAGGAAGUAUUUUGAUCAAAAACGACAAGCUGCCAAAAAGGAACAGAAGACCAUAAGUGCAUCUAAAAAGGCUUUACAGUCUGCUGAAAAAAAGACACGCCAGACUUUAAAGGAAGUUGCAGCAAUUACAAAUAUUAACAAAGCAAGAAAAGUUCAUUGGUUUGAGAAGUUUCUUUGGUUUGUAUCAUCAGAAAAUUAUUUAGUAAUUGCUGGUCGGGAUAGUCAAAUGAAUGAAAUGGUUGUGAAACGUCAUUUGCGUCCUCGUGAUGCCUAUGUUCAUGCGGACUUACAUGGUGCAGCAAGUGUCAUCAUAAAGAACCCGAGUGGCAAUGACAUACCUCCUAAGACAUUACAUGAGGCUGGUAUCAUGGCUCUGUGUUACAGCCGAGCUUGGGAUGAAAAAGUUGUAACGUCUGCCUGGUGGGUAUGGGGUGAUCAAGUUAGCAAAACUGCUCCAACCGGUGAAUACCUCACCACAGGAGCCUUCAUGGUUCGUGGGAAAAAGACCUUCCUUCCUCCAUCUCAUCUGGUAUAUGGAUUUGGUUUCUUGUUCAGAUUAGAGGAAGAUUCUAUUGCAAGGCAUGCAGGAGAAAGAAAAAUACGCACUCUUGAAAAUGAUAACAUCAAGGAUUCUUUGAGAAAUCUUUCUAUUGGCACUGAGGAGGAAGACAUAGAAAUCCCUUUGGAUGAAAAAGAUGAGGAUUCGUCUGAAAUGAAAUCUGCAGAUGAAUCACAAACUUCUCUGACUACUAAAGAGGAUAAGGCAGACGCCUUGAAAGAUAGUGUUGAUAAGGAGUCUGAAGAGGAAAUGCCCGAGAGCAAUGAUGAGAAAGAACUUGUAGAAUAUCCGGAUACUGUUGUUGAAAUGACUCAUAUUGCAGGUGACCAGUUUGCAUUACGUCCUCGAACAGUGUCAGUCACAUCACAACAUUCUCAACACUCAGAAGGUGCAGAUGAUAAAGAAAAUAUUGUGUUUUUAGGGGAUGAUCAGCCUGUCAUGGUAAACAAGCCUAAAGGUCAAGAAACUAAACAGAGCAAGGGGAAGGUAAAAAACAAACAGAACCAAGAAAAAAAAGAAGCUAAACAAAAUAUACAAAAGGAACAGCUGAGUGAAGAUGCUUCGAGUAGUGGUGGGAUGAAGCGAGGACAGAGAGGAAAGAUGAAGAAAAUGAAAAAAUACCGUGACCAGGAUGAAGAAGAAAGGGAAAUGAGAAUGCAGUUAUUGCAGUCAGCAGGUAGCAGUAAAGAUAAAGAUAAAAAAGGAAAAAAGGGUGGCAAGAAGAGUACAGACAGUGAAUCAAAAGGAAUGCAACAGCCAAGUAAUAAAGGCAGUAACCAAAAACAAAGUGCUCAACCAAAAACAGAUAUUAAGGAUUUAGAUGUGUUGCAAAUCAAGCAAGAUGCGGAUAAAGAUGAAGAGGAUGAAGAAGAAGAGGAAACUGAAAAGGUUGCUGAUGAUCUCAACAUCAUUAAUGCCUUGACUGCCAUCCCUGUUCCUGAAGAUGAGCUACUGUAUGCCAUUCCAAUCUGUGCACCUUAUGCAGCCAUGUCAAACUACAAGUUUAAAGUCAAGCUAACCCCUGGGCCUGGAAAGAAAGGGAAAGCCUGUAAAACGGCCUUGGCUUUAUUUUUGGGAGAUAAAACAAUUACUGGCAGAGAAAAAGAUCUUCUUAGGGCUGUGCGUGAUCAGGAUUUAGCAAGAAACCUUCCAGGAAAGGUUAAGGUUUCAGCUCCUAACAUUACUAAGAUUAAGAAGUAAUGAAUUAGAAAAAAAUUUGAUUUUUUAACUCUU